AUUUCACCACACUACUGUUUUAGUAAAGACUAGAGCUUGAUGGAAAAGAUAGAGAGUAGUCCGCAGUUGGCUUGGCUUCUUCUUCCGUGAAAUGAAUAGCAAAGGGACCUUUUUGUUUUUGUCUUUUCAAGAUUCGUGGGCGUUAUAAUAAUAGUGAAAGGUUGGUGGAGCGUUUUGCAGGAUAUCAGUGUCAACCUCUUCUCAACUCCUCUAUUUCGUUUUCUUCUUCUUCUUCUUGCCCUAACCUUUGGGGCAGCUACUUUCAACCCAUUUUUUCCUUUUUGUUUUCUUCCAUCUUUGGGUGUUUAUGGCUAUGGAGAUGCAGAGCAGAAGGAAGACGAUGGGGUUCUUGGUCGUAUUGUUGGCUUUCUUCUUCAUAGAGAUGGCAGCAUCCUCUACUGCCAGCAGAAGCAGCUUAUCUGUUCAAAAUCUUGAGGUUCAAGCUCAGUUGAAGCUCUUGAAUAAGCCUGCUGUUAAAUCUAUCGAGAGUCCAGAUGGGGAUAUAAUUGACUGCAUCAAACUUGCUCACCAACCGGCUUUUGAUCAUCCAUUAUUCAAAGACCAUAAAAUCCAGAUGACCCCCAACUUUCACCCGGACCGUGCUUUUGCCGAGGUUUCGUUGAAGACAAAACCGGGACCAUCAAGGGAAGUUACCCAGAUGUGGCAAUUGAAUGGAAGGUGUCCAGAAGGAACUAUCCCCAUGAGAAGAACUAAAGAAGAUAAUUUGUUAAGAGCAAGCUCUAUCAAAGCCUUUGGUAAAAAGAAGCACAAAAGUGUCCCUCAACCAAGGUCUGCAGAUCCUGACCUCAUCACUCAGAGUGGUCAUCAGCAUGCGAUAGUGUACGUCGAUGGAGACAAGUACUAUGGAGCUCAGGCAACCAUUAAUGUUUGGGAACCCAAAAUUCAGCAGCCUAAUGAAUUCAGCUUGUCCCAAAUCUGGAUACUGGGAGGUGCAUUUGGUGAAGAUCUUAAUAGCAUUGAAGCAGGCUGGCAGGUUAGCCCAGAUUUGUAUGGAGAUAACCACACUAGACUCUUCACUUACUGGACUAGUGAUGCAUAUCAAGCCACAGGUUGCUAUAAUCUACUGUGCUCAGGCUUCAUUCAGAUCAACAAUGAAAUAGCAAUGGGUGCAAGCAUCUACCCUCUUUCUGGUUAUCAUAGUCCGCAAUAUGAUAUAAGCUUACUUGUGUGGAAGGAUCCGACGGAGGGGAACUGGUGGCUGCAAUUCGGUAAAAAGUACGUGCUCGGUUACUGGCCGGCCUUCCUAUUUUCCUACCUAUCAGACAGUGCAUCCAUGAUUGAGUGGGGAGGAGAGGUUGUGAACUCAGAAUCAGAUGGACAGCAUACAUCCACACAAAUGGGGAGUGGCCAUUUCUCGAAAGAAGGUUUCGGCAAAGCUAGUUACUUCAAGAACAUUCAAGUUGUUGAUGGAUCCAACAAUCUCAGGGAGCCUAAAGGCCUUGCCACUUUCACUGAGCAAUCUAACUGCUACGAUGUACAAACCGGAAAAGGCGGCAAUUGGGGCAACUACUUUUACUAUGGUGGUCCGGGUCGAAACCCAAACUGCCCUUGAAGCUAAGUCAAUGCCCUUCCUUGUGUUAAGUUUAGGCUAGUAAAUCGGUGAAGAAUGUUUUCACCUAUUGAUAGUAGCAAUACAUACAGGUUUAUAUCACCCUAUUAACUCUGCCAAAGCUUUGUUGUGAGAAAGUGAGGUGUUCCUAGCUGAUAUUCUUUCUUUGGACAUACCAUUGUAUAUUUUGAUUUUUCUUCUCUUUUUCCCUUUGUAUGUGUUAUUAAACUCUGCUUAAGCAAUAUAUUGCCUUUA